AUUCAAAAUAACAGAGAACAAAGCUGGCUAGGUAGAGAUAUCAAAUAGCUAAAACUGAAAAGGUGUAGUUGAUUGUUAUGUAAUUAGUACUAAACUAAACCAUAACCAAAAUGAUCAAUAGAAAUGACAUUCAAAGUAGUCUCAUUACAGAAAGGGACAAUAUCAAACACAAAACAUGCCUUGACAUGUUUCCCCACCAUGGACCCUCUUUCUCUCUGUCUGUAUGCAUAUCAGCUGUGACAGCUGAUUCCUUGAUGGAUGAGUCCUUAUCUUAUGAAAAGCAUAGAGAACCAAUAAAAUCAUUCGAAAUCACUACUUAAAACUCCAUAUUCCACUACCCUCCACUACUACCUACGCAACACAGUAACUCUUUUUUCUUUCUUUAUUUUCUUUUUUUUUUUCUUCCUCUGCUCAAGUAUUUGCACGUGAAUCCCCAAUAAUUUCUCAUGCACCAGUGGGUCCUUUAGCCAGCCCUUCCUCUUUUGUUGUCUUGCCAAACUCCAACUCCCAAGAAUCUCCCAUUCUCUUCUUUCUUUCUUUCUUUCUUUCUUUCUUUCUUUCUCUCCCACAUAUUCCCAGAUUUUUUUCCCUCCUUCAUUUUUAUUGGCAACCCUUUUCUCAUUUUCUUCACUGUACUCAACAAUGGCAGAAGCAAGACCUCUUUUGCCAUUGAAACAAGCUCUUCUUUCUCUUCUUCUUACUUUUCUUGUUUUUCUCCUCGCUGUUGCUCCUCUUGGAGUUCAAUGUUUUCAAGAGAAGAAAGUCCUUAGCUUGCAGGAAUGGCAAUGGAAACAGGAGGCCUAUACUUCAAGUUGUCUCUCCCAGAAAUCAAGAUCUAUAACUGCUUUCAUGCUUUAUGGGAAACAACCAUCAUUGGAUGGGAAAAGGGUGCAACCAUUCUGGAAAUGAAGCACAGAGAUUCCUGCUCAGGACAGAUUACUGACUGGAACAAGAAGCUACAAGAAAGCUUGAUUCUUGACAAGUUCCAAGUUCGGUCACUUCAAUCUCGAAUCAAAAAGAUUAUUUAUGGCAACAUGGAAGAUUCUGUAGAUAGUCAAAUCCCAUUAGUUUCUGGUGUAAGACUUCAGACACUGAACUACAUUGUUACAGUGGAAUUAGGCGGUCGAAACAUGACAGUUAUUGUAGACACAGGAAGUGAUUUAACAUGGGUUCAAUGUCAACCUUGCAAUGUCUGUUAUAACCAACAAGAUCCUCUUUUCAACCCUUCAAUAUCCCCUACAUACCAAGCAGUUUUAUGUAAUUCAUCAACUUGCCAAUCCCUCCAAUUUGCAAUUGGGAAUUCAGGAGUCUGUGGGAGCAACCCACCAACCUGUAACUAUGUUGUUAACUACGGUGAUGGGUCCUAUACCCGUGGUGAGCUAGGGACAGAACAGAUCAAUUUAGGAACCACUCGUGUCAGCAAUUUCAUUUUUGGAUGUGGCAGGAAUAGUAAAGGUCUCUUUGGAGGGACCUCAGGUCUUAUGGGAUUAGGAAGGAGUGAUCUUUCAUUGAUUUAUCAAUCUUCUGCGAUAUUUGGAGGAGUUUUUUCCUAUUGUUUGCCAAACACAGCUGCUGAUGAUACAGGUUCAUUAGUCUUGGGUGGUAAUUUUUCAAUUUACAAGAACACAACUCCCAUUUCUUAUACUAGAAUGAUUCCCAAUCCACAACUACCCACCUUCUACUUUCUCAACUUAACUGGUAUUAGUAUUGGUGGGGUGGCUUUGCAAGCGCCAUCCUUCGUUCAAGGUGGUAUACUGAUCGAUUCAGGGACAGUCAUUACCAGGCUUCCUCCUUCAGUGUACAGGAUUCUGAAAGCAGAGUUUCUGAAACAAUUUUCUGGGUUUCCUUCUGCACAGCCUUUUUCAAUCUUGGAUACUUGUUUUAACCUUAGCGGAUAUCAAGAAGUUGAUAUUCCUACAAUAAAGUUGCACUUUGAAGGAACUGCUGAGCUGAAUGUUGACGUAACUGGGAUUUUCUAUUUUGUGAAGACUGAUGCAUCUCAGGUCUGUCUGGCCCUUGCUAGUCUCUCAUUUGAAGAUGAGAUCCCUAUAAUAGGAAAUUAUCAGCAGAGAAACCAAAGGGUUAUAUAUGAUACCAAGGAAUCCAAGUUAGGAUUUGCUGCAGAAGCUUGCGGUUUCAACUGAGCAUAAGAUAGUAUUAGUUGUGUGGGUGUGAAUAUAUUUCUCUGAUGCAAUUGCCAAUUUCUUCAAUUGGCAAAGAAACAGUAGAUCUAUAGUUCUCCUCAUUUUGCAUCACAUAUAAAUAGCUAUAUUGGGGUAAGGUAUAGAAUAUAUAAAAGCUCUUCCUAUUUCUUGAAGAUUUUCUUGGGUGUUAUAAUGCGAUCUCCUAGUCCUAACACAGCAAAAAGUGUGCAAGUUGUACAUUUUUUUUUUCCUGUAAGACCUGUUUGAAUAUAAGAAAAAGAUUGAAGAUGCUCCAA